GUGACGGUACUUCCUUGUUGCCAUGGCGUCUGAGCUGCAGGAGGCGAUCUGCAUGGCCAAGCAGGAGCGUCACAAGAACCUGUUCCUCAACUACAGAGGCAUGUUACUAUGUGUUAAGAGGCUUUAUAUGAAGAGGAACUCUUCAUUCAACGGACUGCCGGAUAAUAUAACACAGAAGCUCCCCAACUUAAUAGAGCUGUAUCUGCAUUCCAACAAUAUAACCUGUGUUCCUGAAGCUAUAGGUAACCUGUCCUGUCCAGCUAUAGGUAACCUGUCCUCAGCUAUAGGUAACGCUGUCCUGCAAGCUAUAGGUAAGCUGUCCUCAGCUAUAGGUAAGCUGGGUCCCAGCUAUAGGUCUUUCAGCAAACAGGUAAGACUGACCAACAACCAGCUGAAAUACCUGCUCCAGGUAAGACUGACCAACAACCAGCUGAAAUACCUGCCUCCAGAGAUUGGAGCCCUGUGUGACCUAGAGACCCUGGAUGUCAGUAGGAAUGUGUUGGUUAGUAUGGGGUCAGAGGUCACCAGCCUCAACCAACUCAGUAUGGCUGCUAACCAACUCACCUCUCUACCCCUAGAUUUGGGUCGUUCCAGAGAGCUGCAGUUUGUGUUUGUUGACAACAACGUCCACCUCAAAGGCCUUCCUUCAUACCUGUACAACAAGGUGAUUGGCUGCAGUGGGUAAGGACCGCCCCUAACCCUUAUAUCUGUACAAGGUGAUUGGCUGCAGCC